CCUUCAAUUUUCGUUCCUUCUCCUUCGUCAUCGUGAAGGGCUUAUACACUCUUUUCAGAAACGUCCAAUCUUUUUGUGGGAUACCUGCUAUCUCCAAGCCGAAAGUGAAGCGGGUUGGGAUCAAUGCUUCAGUACGCCCAUUAGUAUACUCAUUAAGUGCACCGCUUUUUCAUUUUUUACGCCAGUAUCGACAAAACCAAUGGCGUCCUAUCAACAUGACUCCCACACUAAGUCCUGCCCGACUCGGUGACCGUGCCUAGUUUCGAGGAAUAUAUAAAAAGUAUGUCGGAGAGUACUUCAGCCCGAACUAGCUAUGAGACUAGUUCAGCCCCAACUAGCUAUGAGACUAGUUCAGCCCGAAUUGGCUAUGGUUCAGCCCGAACUAGCUAUUUCCAGAAUGCAGAAUUUAUUGAGAAGAUAUAUAUAGAAGAAGAUUGGGAGCUAUUUUCUCAACUGAAGCCUGGCGAAGGUAAAAAUCUUCAGGAUGCCCUUGCAUUCAAUGUCCAUUUGAGCGAUUAUUUCACGUCAACAAUGCAGAUGGAGCUGUUCGAGCUACCGCCGUUUCUACUAAUGAGUGCAGUUCUCUUUUGGAUCUUCAUAUGUGGUUUGAUUCUUCUCAAAUCAUUGCACUUCUCAACUAUGGUCAUAAUGGGAAUACCACUGGAUGAGGAGUAA